AUGAAGCUAUCAAUCUUGGGUUCAUUCGUUGCUUUGGCUGCUGCUGUCAAUGCUCUUCCUUCAUUGUUGAGUGAAGAAGAAACUGCUGAAUUGAAAGUUCAAUUAGAAAAUCAAUAUGCUCAUACUGAAUUCUCUCAACAAGAUUCAGAAUUGAUUGAUGUCUUUGCUAAACAAUUGAAUCAAAUCACUCAAUACAAUGGUACAAAUCAAUCAAAAUGUGACAGAUGUGUCGAAAGAUUACAAUUAGGUAAAGCUAUUGCUUUAACAAAACCUCAAUUAGUUUCUCCAGUUUUCACUCAAUGGUGUCUUGAUACUAAAUUUAAAAAGACAGAAUCAUUAUGUAAAACAACUUUUGGUAGAUUAACAGUUGCAAAUGAUUCACUUGGUUCAAAUUUUGCUCAUAUGUUACAAUUAAUGGAUCCAGCGGGUUAUGAUGGUCAAUUAUAUUGUCAUUUCCAAGAAUCAAAAGCUUGUCCAUUACCAGAAACUCCAGAGAUGGAUUUAAGUCAUUUAUGGCCUGCUAAAGAAUCAAAACAUGAAAUUGCUCCAGAACCUUCAAAUGAAACUUAUAACGUCUUACAUCUUUCAGAUUUCCAUAUUCAAGAAGAAUAUCAAAUCGGUUCAGAAGCUAAUUGUUCUCAGUAUAUGUGUUGUGGUCCAAGAAGUUUUAAUGAAAAUCCAUUACCUGAAGGCUUCAAUUCUACUGCUGAUUUCUCUGAAGAUGAAAUUUCUAAAUUAUCAUAUUUCAAUGCUUGGUAUGAUGAUGAUUAUAACUUAAUCAAAGGUGAUGAAGUUGAUGCUUUUGCAAAUGAAUCAAUAAGAGUUCCAGCUUAUACUUUUGGUCAUUAUAAAUGUGACUCGCCAGAAGUUUUAAUUAAUAACUCUUUAUUAUCUAUUGCUAAAUAUCAAGAAGAGUUAGGUUUAGAUUUUGAAUUUUCAAUCUUCACUGGUGAUUUAGUUGAUCAUGAUGAACCAGAAUUCAUUAAUAUUAAUCAAACUAUUAAAUCUGAAGAAAUGAGUUUCAGAGAUGUUAAAGCCAUCUUGAAAGAUAUUCCAAUGUAUGCUGUUUUAGGUAAUCAUGAUACUUUCCCAUAUGCACAAAUGGCUCAAAAAAAAUCAGGUUUUGGUAAUUUGUUUGAUUGGAAUGCUGAAUUAAUGGCUGAUUUAUGGGAAGAUUAUGGCUGGAUUAACUCAACUCAAGCUAGAUAUGCAAGAGAACAUUAUGCUGGUUUUGCUGUUACAACUAAAAGCAAUUUGAAAGUUAUCUCAUUAAAUUCAAAUACCUGGUACCCUUCAAACUUAUAUGCCUAUUGGAAUGCUACUGAUUUUGACUCAUUUGGUCAAUUCCAAUUCUUAAUUGAUGAACUAAUCGAAAGUGAAAAGAAUGAUCAAAGAGUUUGGAUUAUUGCACAUAUUCCAACCAUUACUCAAGCUUUACCAGUUCAAGCUGAAGCUUAUAAACAAAUCAUUACAAGAUUUUCACCAUAUACUAUUGCUGGUAUCUUCUAUGGUCAUACACAUUCUGAUCAAUUCAAUGUCUUAUAUGCUGGUAAUGAUGUCAGUGAUAAAAAGGAAGAAGAUGCUUUACAAAACACUUGGAUUUCACAAGCUAUUACACCAUUAACUACAAACAAUCCAUCAUGGAGAUACUAUUCAGUUGAUAAGAAGACACAUUCAAUUAUGAAUGCUUAUAACUAUUAUACCAAAUUGAAUGAAACAUUUACUAAUAAUUCAGAUGAACCACAAUGGGAAUUUGAAUAUAACCCAAGAGAUUCAUAUGGUAUUGAAUGGCCAGAAACUUCACCAUUAAAUGCUACAUUCUGGCAUAGAGUUUCAGAAUCAAUUUACAAAAGUAAUGAUACUAGACAAACUUAUAUCAAUUACAUGAAGAGAUUAUCACCAUAUAUUCCAACUUGUUCUGAAACUAAUCAAUGUGAUAAUACUUAUUGUUAUGUUUCAAACUUUGUUUUAGAAGAUUAUAACCGUUGUAUUGAAGAAUUAGGUAUUACAUUUACUGGUUAUAUUUAA